ACAAGCACACGAUAUACAAUGCAGGUUCUUGGAUCUCCUUCAAUUCAUUAAAUUGAGCAUCUAUCUGUUUUUUCCGCCGCCAUUCAUAUGAAUCGUGAAAACUGAAAAGGCAGAUCAAUCGCAAAUUUUCACACAAAAAUGGAAGACACAAAACGAGGAAAAGCAGAUGAAGAAGAAAACGCAGACAGAAUCAGCAAUCUACCGGACUUUGUACUGAGCCACAUCCUCUCAUUCCUCCCUAUCAAAACCGCCGUUUCCACAAGCCUUCUUUCUCCCAGAUGGCGCCACAUUUGGAAGAAACAUCUCUCAGUUCUCGACUUCUCUGACGACUUUUUCCAACCAAACGAUGACCGUUUAGAACUCUUCAAAACCUUAGCGGUUUUUGUAAACGGCGUCUUCACUCUCCGCAAACCUUGCGAAGUUCGUAAGAUGCGUCUCUCAUGUACCCAUUCUCUCGUCGACCACAAGGUUUGUACCUAUUCUGUCAAUACGUGGGUCCACUCCGUCAUUGGGCCCCACCUCAAGGAACUCGACCUCACUCUCUAUUCCAACGACGACGACGGAGGAUAUUGCUUCGAGCCUCCCAUCAGCCUCUCUGCUUGCAUUAAUAUAGUUUCCCUCAGUCUCAACGGUGCAGUAUAUUUUAACUUGAAACGAGCUAAGGCGAUUCGUUUACCAUCACUAAAGAAGCUACAACUUCACAUCGGUUAUGUGGAAGUGUCUCCCAUGAAUGCCCUCCUCUCUGGCUGUCCUAACCUAGAAACUCUCGAUCUUUGCUUUUAUGCUGAGGACAGCGGCGGUAUAAUUCGUGUGCCACCUUCAUUGAAGUGGUUGAAAAUCAUCAUUAACAAUUCAGACGCCGGGGCUUCCCUUGAAAUUGAUGUGCCUGUUCUUGAGUACCUCUGCAUUGCAAAUAUCACAAUCACUGAUGCCAACAAUUUGCAAAACGUGGUGGAAGCGUCUGUUGAUGUUUUUCCUUCCUCGGCUGCUUCUGCCUUCACUUUUCUCAAGCUCCUCAGCGCUCUCACUGGAAUAAAACAUCUAGUGUUGAGUCGUUCAACAACAAAGUGGCUACUGGGUGGCCCCACUGAUCUACACUUUCCAGAAUUUCGCCAUUUACUUCAUCUAGAGCUCAUUCUUCCAUGGUUCAACUCGUAUUCUCUGCUGAGCCUGCUUCAGACAUGCCAUCUGCUUCAAGUUCUCAUAAUUCAAAACGACAAGGAUCAGUCACCCUUACCAAUAUGUGCUACACAACCAAGUGUUCCUAGUUGUCUUGUAUCACACCUGGCCUCCAUUGAAUUAAAAGGAUAUCGAGGAUUUCCAGAUGAGUUGUUAUUUGCUGAAUAUGUUUUGCAAAAAGGGCUUGUUUUGAAAACAAUGAUUAUUGUUGAUAUAUCGGUGGACCCAAACAAAAAGUUCGACACUCUUAGAAGAUUAUCUAAUGUGCCAAGGGCCUCUGCAAAUUGCCAACUUACAUUUGACUAAGUUAUAUCUGCCUAAGUUUCUGAAUUUCUUUGAUCCAGCUAUUUUCCAAUAAGGUAUAAUAAUAUUAAUUAGGAUAUGCCCUCUCUACUAAAAGAAUUAUUCAAGUUUUGCCUCUGUAACCAUGUUUGUUUUAGAAUUUGAAGCUUAGCAAGAGAGGUUGAGAUUUGCUAGACUCAUAUUAUAACUAUAACAUUGAAAAAAAUGAUGAUAUUUACUUACCGGCUUUUUGAAAUUGAACGAAAAACUUUUGAAUUUCAUGCCACUUAGUAAAUCAAGUCAAUGAAUUUCCACUGUGUGAAUUUGUUAUUAUUGCAACUAAAUUUUUGUUUAUUUCGGGGUAUUAGUUAGUGUUAACUUUGAUGGAUUGGCAACAUCUUUGUUUAUCUAGGGGUAUUAGUUAGUGCUAAUUCCACAACCUUGUAUUCAUGGGUUUGAUUUUCUAGACAAUCUA